AUGGAUCUUAUUUUUACUGUUGCAAUCGGAAUUCUACAUCAGGCCUCACAUUUAUCAUUGACAAAAAUCAAAAUUGCAAAAGGCUGCAAAGCUCAAAAUUUAAUAUGAAUGUUGAUCCUAUUUUUUACAAUAAUUUUAUCUACUUGAUUGGUGGAAAUUAUAAUCUGGCUGAGAGGUACGAUUUUAAACGAAACGUGUGGGAAAAGAUGGCAAAAAUACCUCAGGGUUUGAAUUUACAAUAUAGUUGUAAUGCGAGAUAUAGAGAUUCCAUUCUUAUAG